GCAGUAGCCCCAAUUACCAAAACUCCGAAUCAAACUUUCGCCAUGUUCACCACAGCCACACUUCUGUUGGCCCUCGCCAUACUUAAUUUCCUCUCUAAGGUGGCUGCAGAGGAUUGUACUGUGUUCUCCACCAAUGGGUCAACUGCAGCGACGUACGACUUCUAUCGUUUCUACGAUUUUCGGAACCUGGAUGAGAGCCUGGUUGGCAAUGCGGAUACAGUACCCGACAGUGGCGAUAAGCAGUCGAUAACAGUGACAUCUAAUGGACAGUCGAAGAUCAUUGCUGCUUCUCCUUGGGGCACUGGUUGGGAUGCUCGGUAUUGGUUGAGGCCAGCAGCGAGAGAAGACACUAUUGACAUGCACUACACGCCAUCGAGUGUAUCAAUAAGUAAAAACAAUGAUGGACCGAAAGAAUCCUCUACCUACCUUACUCUUCACACGAUACGGCUGCUCAAUGGUACGCAAUUAGCAUCUGAGCUGGACUUUAUCGAGCAUAAUGUCACAUAUGCCUCGAUACGUAUGUCGGCGCGCAUACGUGGCGCAGGUGGUGCAAUUGCCGGCUUCUUUACGUACCACAACGACACAGCAGAGUCGGACAUAGAAAUUCCAACUGGGGGCACUGGCAACGAAAUACAUUACUCGAAUCAGCCUACCGCAGAUCCUGAUACUGAAGUACCAAUAGAAGAUGCAACAUUCAACGUCUCAAUGAAAGAUCAUCGACCUACUUCUGUCUGGAACAACUAUCGAUUGGACUGGAUACGUGGGGGUAGCGCAUGGUACGUCAAUGGUAAACAAACAGCUAAAACUAGUGUGAACGUGCCGGAUGCCGAGAGUAUGAUUAUACUGAACCUUUGGAGCAAUGGCGGAAGCUUUUCGGGACGAAUGGAUACUGGGAAUGAAGCCUGGUUCGAUAUUCAGUGGGUUGAGCUGCUGUUCAAUACCACUGCUACCACUGCGGCAAAGUCUAGUGGCACCGUAUGCUCGGUGGAGUCUUCUCCAGGAUCUCCAGUCCCGAAUACUUCCUGUUCUCUAUAUGAGAAGGCUUCGGAACAUUUUUGGUGGGUUGUCGGCCUGGUAUCGAUCGUAACAUUUGUACAAUCUAUGUGA